AAAACUUUUCUAACCUCAAAGCUUCAACCAAAACGAAGUUAAAUUUUAUAAACCAUUUUGCACAAUUUCUUUAAAAAAAACGUAAAUAAAAAUAAACCAAAUGAGUGGAAGAAAUAAACAUAAGCCCAGUGGCAGCAAUCGACAUUUCCGGAAUGGUAAACAAAAGAAAAAUUGCGAUCGUAAAUUUGCCCAACAUGCAAACGAACUCUCGCAGCAUCAUACCAAAAACAGCAGCAACGAAAGUGAUGACAGCGAUGCCUCAUCCUCUUCAGGUAGUUCAACGAACUUGGACAAGCAUGGAGAUCCACCAUCAUUUCCCGUUGCAAUGUGGGACCUUAAUCAUUGCGAUCCAAAAAAGUGUUCAGGAAGAAAACUAUCACGUUUAGGUAUAAUUGACAACUUACGUUUAGGACAAAGAUUUCCUGGAGUUGUCUUAACUCCUGUCGGCACCAAUUGUGUCAGUCCACUCGACAGAGAUGUUGUCUCAGCAAAUGGAUUGGCUGUAGUCGAUUGUUCUUGGGCUAAGCUAGAUGAAACUCCAUUUGGAAAAAUGAAAAGUCCUCAUCCAAGAUUGUUGCCUUUUUUAGUUGCUGCCAAUCCAAUUAAUUAUGGAAAACCAUGUAAGCUAAGUUGUGUGGAAGCUAUUGCAGCCACUUUGUAUAUAACUGGAUUCAAACAAGAAGCUCAUUGGUAUAUGGGAAAAUUUUCAUGGGGACACUCGUUUAUUGAAUUAAAUGAAACACUUUUGGACAAAUAUGCCGAAUGCAAAAGUAGCGAAGAGGUUUUAAAAGUUCAAAACGAAUACAUUGAACAAGAACAAAAGUUGAGAGAUCAGCCAAAGGAUUAUAAGGAAUUCUUUCCAUCAUCGAGCAGUAGUAGCAGUGAUGACGACGAAUAAGUUUGGGGUUAUUUGGCCUACAUUGCUCAGAACAAUAGAGUAAUGGUACCUACAUAGUUUUAACUUUUAUGAUUUGUAUAAAUUGUUUAUAAUUUA